GCGCCAUGGCCCACCAGUUCUCUGCCCCGCCUGCGCCGCUUCAGGCCAAGGUCAAGCAGCUCAGCGUGAGCGACGACGGCAUCGGCGUGCGGCAGCCCGCCCCCGUCUCGCCAGCGUCCGAGGCUCGGGGCGUGCGCCGUGCACCGAUUAACGACCCGUCCGUCGAGCCCGACGACCAUCGGCUCGCGCAUCCUGCGACGGUGAUUCCGAAAUCGCCCGAAACCAAGACCGUCAUCAUGAAGGCGCUCAAAGGGCACUACCUGUUCAGCUCGCUCGACGACUCGGAGAUCCUCGAUAUCAUGAACGCGAUGAGCAACGUGCAGCACCCCGCGGGUGCCGACAUCAUCGUGCAAGGCACGCCCGGGAAUGUCUUUUACAUCCUCGAGAGCGGCGCGUGCGCGAUCCUCGUCAACAACGAGGUCGUCGGGCAGUACGCCUCGGGCGACGCAUUUGGCGAGCUUGCACUGCUCUACAACAGUCCGCGUGCGGCGACCAUCAAAGCACUCGCGCCUUGCAGCCUCUGGACCGUCGACCGUACGUCGUUCCGCAAGAUCCUUGCAACGACGGCCUCGACGAUGCAGCUGUCGCGUGUCCAGUUUCUCCAAAAUGUCGAUCUGCUCCAGCGCCUUAGCAACAACCAGCUUCAGAAGGUGGCAGCGGCCAUGAAGCUCGAGACGUUUGCGGAUGGCAGCUACAUCAUUCGCCAGGGCGAGGAAGGUCACCUCUUCUACAUUGUUGUCGAAGGCACGGUGCUCUGCACGACGACGACCCUCAACGAUGGCGAGAAGCCACUCAUGAGCCUCACGAAAGGGCAGUACUUUGGCGAGAUGGCACUCAUGCUCAACGAGCCGCGCCAAGCCAACUGCAUCGCAAAGGGCAAAGUCGCCUGCUAUGUACUCGGUCGCAACGAGUUUACGCAGCUCCUUGGACCGCUCCGCUCACUCCUCGACCGUCAAAUGCGCAUCCGCGUCCUUCGCUCGGUGCCGCUGCUCAACUACCUCACGGACGACGAGCUCGACCUCCUUGCGCACGCCCUCCGCGUCGUGUCGUACGAGGACAAAGAGCAGAUCCUCCGCCAAGGCGACGCCGGCGACACCUUUUACAUCAUUUCCGACGGCAAAGUGAGCGUCCAGAAGACCGGCAUCGAGAUUAUGCAGCUUCGGUCCGGUGAGUUCUUUGGCGAGCGCGCACUCUUGUCCAAGGAGCCACGGGCUGCCGACUGCUUUGCAACCGGUCACGUCGAGUGCCUCUGUCUUGACCGGAGCGCGUUCGAGCGGCUACUCGGAAAGCUCGAGCACAUUCUGACACGUGAGACGAAGCGCCAGCAGCUCAUGCAAGAAGCUGUGCUCCAGACGAAGACGCCGUCGCACCCGUCCACGGUGCAGACCAAGAAGUAUGCACUUGGCGACUUUGAAAAGAUUCAGACGAUCGGAACUGGCACGUUUGGCCGCGUGCUCAUGGUCAAGCACAAGGCGACGGGCAAGACGUUCGCGCUCAAGUGCAUGCUCAAGGUCAACAUCGUCGAGACGCACCAGCAGCGGAACGUCCUCCAUGAGAAGAGCAUCAUCAACGAGUGUGAGCACCCGUUUGUUCUCAAGCUCUACGAGACGUUUACGGACGCUGACCAGCUCUACAUGCUGCUUGAGCUGGUCCAAGGCGGCGAGCUCUGGAGCUUGCUCUACGAAAAAGCCUACCACGUUCCCAAGGGUAUCUGCGGCGCAUUUGACAUUCCAUCGGCGCGCUUCUACAUUGCGAAUGUGGUCGAAGUGUUUCGGUACCUCCAGACACUUGGCGUUGCAUACCGCGACUUGAAGCCCGAGAACCUCAUGAUCGACGACAAGGGCUAUCUCAAGAUGGUCGACUUUGGUUUUGCCAAGCACAUUCCGUUCUACAAGGGCAGCCAGCUCUGCGAGCGCAGCUUUACGCUGUGCGGCACGCCCGAGUACCUCGCGCCCGAACUCGUUCUCAACAAGGGCCAUGGCAAGUCGGUCGACUACUGGGCGCUCGGUUGCCUCAUUUACGAACUCCUCGCGGGCCGCACGCCAUUCCAGCACCAAGAGCAGCAAAAGAUCUUUGAAAAGAUCAUCCACGCCAAAGCGUCGCUCAAGUUCCACCCCAAGUUUGACCCGCUCGCGCAGGACCUCGUGACCAAGCUCCUCGAGCCCAACCCGGGUCUUCGCCUCGGCUCUUUGGCCGGCGGCAUGAUGGAGGUCGUCAACCAUCCGUGGUUUGCGAACGCCAACUUUGACUGGAAGGCGCUCGUUGCCAAGAGCAUGAAGGCGCCGUAUGUCCCGACCAUCAAAAGCGGCGUCGACGUCUCCAACUUUGACCGGUGCUCCGAAGGCUCGUCGAUCCCCAAGUACACGGGGGAGGAGUUUUUUGAGAACUUCUAACUGCGUCCUUCGCAGCUGCUCGCAUGCACCCACGUGUCGCUGCCGAUAUAUCAAAUCAAUUCAAUGUCUCUUUGU